AUUAGGCUUCAAAACUUCAAAUGUAUCAAUAGUUUACUCUAUUUUUUCACAUUUGUGACUAGACAUACAAUGAAUUUCUUUUCAGAUUUGUAGGAUUUAUUCUCUGACAAUAUAUCCUUGUUUAGAUAUAUUGAUGUUCUGCUGUGUCACAAUUAAGUGGUACAUUUUUAAAUCUUCUCAAUUUGAAGGAUGCAGCAACGCAGACAGUGCGACGAUGGCGAUGUGGCAUUGACUUGAAUGUUCAUAAAGUUAAUAUUUGGCCAUCAGAGUCCCUUUCCUCGACAUGUAGAAAGAAGCAUAUCCAGACGGACAUGAAGAUGUUUCAUCCAGUAAGCAUUGGCCUUCAGUUCCACCAUGUGUUUGAGAAUGAAAAAGCCAUUGCAUGUAACCUCCUCAAAGCCCCCAAGCUGGAAUGGCUGCCUAACCCAGAAGAAGACAUGGUGAUGGAACUGGAGCUGCAGGAAGAGGAGGAGCAGGAUGAGGAGAUAGAGGAGGAAGAUCUUAAAUCUGAUGUCGACUAUGUACCCUCAUCUGAUUCAGAUGACAGUCCCUGGGAGAUGGACUCAACAGUAGAAACAACAGAUGUUGUUGAUGAGCGAAAGUUCUUAAUCUUCUGAAUCACAGCUUCUGGAGUUACUUAAAAGUUGUCCUGGGUGUGCUUCCCCUACAACAGUUACAACCCCUACAACUUCAUCAGCCGAAUGGUGGCACUAUGGUAGAGGCUA